CCGGAUGUGACGUCGCUGCGGCCUCUUCCGGCGCGUCGGUAGCUGCUGCUGCUGCCUGUCAACAUCACACAUCCCCAGAAAACACCGGGAUUUAGUUUUUAACUGUUUGUGUGUGACAGUCCGCAGGCUGUCCUCCGUCGUGCCCAUGUACAAGGUAAAGCCCAUCAGCGGGGGUCACAUAGAGACCGACUUACCGACCUGCAUGUACAAGUUACCCAAUAUCCACGCGCAGCAAGGGAACAGCUGCACCUCCGAGCACGCGCUCCAGAAUGGCGAGGUGGACCCGGCUGUCAGAGCUCUGGAGGCCCGGCAGGACGAGAUCAUGAGGAAACUGCAUGAGCUGAAAGCAGCUGUGGAGGGCCUGGCCAAGACGGUGACCACCCCGGAUGCCGACCUGGACCUGACAGUCAGCAGCAGCCUCUCCUCACAUAGCUGCAGCUCGGCAACCUUCAAAGGCGUCACAGACCUGGACACGGUGCUGGGAAAGGACCUCGGAGCUCUCCGUGACAUCGUCAUAAACGCCAACCCGGCACAGCCCCCCCUGUCCCUGCUGGUGCUCCACAGCCUGCUGUCCCAGCGCUACCGGGUUCUCUCCACCGUCCAUGUCCACUCCUCCGUUACCAGCGUGCCGCCGCAGCUCCUGUCCUGCCUCGGGCCUCGCCAUGCGGACAGCUACGCCCGCCAGAUGUUCCAGCUGGGCUUCACCCUCAUAUGGAAAGACGUUCCUAAACUGCAGAUGAAGUUCAGCGUCCAGAACAUGUGUCCCAUCGAGGGUGAGGCAAACGUAGCGCGCUUCCUCUUCAAGCUGCUGGCGCCCUACCCCAGUGACCCCGCCCUCGCGACGCUGGUAGACAGCUGGGUGGACAUGGCGUUCUUCCAGCUGGCAGAGGGCAGCGCCAAGGAGCGCUCAGCCGUCCUGCGGGCACUCAACUCGGCUCUGGGCCGCAACCCCUGGCUGGCCGGGCCGGAGUUCUCCCUGGCCGACAUCGCCUGCUACUGCUGCGUGCAGCAGAGCGGCUCGGCCUCCGCCGCUCCCACUAAUGUGCAGCGCUGGAUCAAGUCCUGUGAGAACCUCGGCCACUUCAGUCCUGCCAAGCUGCUUCUGCAGUGACCGGGGCCGUCCUGGGAUCAGACACCAGAAGGGGUGUCUUAUCCAAGCAAAGUGAGAGAAGGGCAUUAGAAUAUUAAAGUAUGCCAGUCAUGUCUGGAACUCCCUCUAAUGCUUCCCUCCUUACUAGACUAUAUCACUGAACUGACAAAGACACAGUCGAAGCAACACGGUUGACGGUUAAAGUAGCUCUAAUAUUUGUGCCGGCCCUGCUGCUUUUGUAAAAUAAAGAGAUUGUAACGCUAUUUUAUGCAAGGAAGGAAGCAUGAGAGGACUGUGAAGACAUGGGCUUGGUGGUGGAUAAAAUCAAAGGUACUGACAAAUGUUGUUAGUCCAACACACACUGUACACCUUCCACCCACUUUGUGCCUAACAUGAUCCUGUUCUAAACGUGUGUGUGUGUUAAUGUGUGGUAGCGGGUAUUACGGGCAGUUUAAAAAAAAAAAACAAGUAAUACUUUGUACCAUUUGUUUUUCUGAAAUCAUUAAAACUUUGGAUCAAACUUUGAA